AAAAUAACAAAAAUAACCAUAGCCUAAAGUUUCUUAACUAGCUACACAAAAUGUACUUGCUUUUGGGGUCGGACAAGCUUGAAGUGUUAAUCGAGCUCCGAUCCAGUCGUGGGCGCUGUGUAGUUCAUAGGCAACAAUUCAAGUGCAUCUUGGCGCUCGCUCCAAAUGUUGCAGUCAUCUUGCGAUUUGUUUUCAUGAGUAAGCAAGAGCCACUGAACAACGAAGACGAGUUGUUCAGACUUCCACCGAUAUGACCGUUUUUGCUUUGCUGAUCUCGAUUUUUCUUUGCGAUUAAAGUGAACGUAAGUUACACCAUGGACUUGUCCAGCAGGCUCUGGAUGUUGAUGGAGCUGGCCGAAAGUUGUGGAAUCAGCACACUCCUACAGGGCUUUGAGCAAAUUUGGAAGCUUCUGCUUGUUUGUCUUCUCAGCAGGCUACUGUUCAGGUUGGGAGGCCUGUCCUCUGUGAAUCAUGUUGUGUCGAUGUUUGCGGGCAUCUACAGCCUGUUCCUCUUCUUUAACCUGCACAUGCUGUGGGUGAUGCUGCUCAGCAUGCUUUGCUACCUUAUUCUUCUUCUUGGCCGACACUCCAGAAACAAAGGCCUCUUCCUCUCCACUGCCAUUCUCAUUUACCUCCUCAUUGGAGAAAUGCAUUUAAUUGACACAGUCACCUGGCAUAAGAUCAGAGGCAGUCAGAUGGUGGUGGCCAUGAAAGCCAUUUCUCUUGCAUUCGACUUGGACAGAGGAGCAGUCGGCGCUUUUCCCACACCGACUGAGUUCCUCGGCUAUGUUCUCUUUGUGGGCAACAUAAUCUUUGGGCCUUGGAUCAGCUUCUCAACAUAUAAAGCUGCUAUUGUCGGCAGACAACUGAGCUGGUUAUGGCUGCGCCGUUCCUCUCCCAGCCUCUUAAAAAGUCAGAUUUGUCUGCUGGUGUCCUCUUGCAUUGCACCGUACCUAUUCCUUUUGUUCAUCCCCAUCAAUGGAAAUGCCAUCACACACAAGUGGCUGAGUGCCUAUGAGAAUGCACUGUCAUUCCACUUCAGUAACUACUUUGUGGGCUACCUCAGUGAAAGCACCAGCAUUCUGGCUGGAGCUGGCCACGUUGAGGAAAAAGACAACAUCAGGUGGGAAAUAGAAGUGGUCAAACCCCUGAAUGUGGAAAUGCCUCGUUCCAUGGUUAUGGUUGUGACGUCCUGGAAUAUUCCCAUGUCACAGUGGCUUAAGAUUUAUGUCUUCAAAAAUGCCAUGAAACUCGGUACUUUUCCUGCCAUCCUGGUCACAUAUACAGCCAGUGCUUUACUGCAUGGUUUGAGUUUCCACCUAGGAGCCGUGCUGCUCUCUUUAGGCUUCAUCACAUAUGUUGAACAUGUCUUAAGAAAGAGACUCGCCAUUAUCUUCAGCGCCUGUGUCCUUUCCAGACCUUGCCCCACCAACUGCAGCCAUCAGCACAAGAAGGAGUAUUGGGUGAUGCUGCUGAACCUAGUUUUCAGUUUAUUGGCCAUCUUCCACCUCACCUACUUGGGUUCCAUGUUUGAUCCGGGUGUUGAAGAGGAAGUGGAAGAGGGUUAUGCAGCUAUCCACACCAUUCAGAGAUGGUCGGAACUUAGCUGGGCAAGCCACUGGGUGGUAUUUGUCUUCUGGGUUUUCUACCGUUUAAUCCUGUGAUUUUAUCAAAGUAGUGCUCACUUGCUGGCAGUCAUACUCUCAGUCUAGGGUCAUGGACUUGCUGUGAUCUGGACAAAGGGAACCCACGUGUCGAUGACUGAGUCAACCCUUUUUCCUGAUCAUAUGAGAUGGAAGUCGGAGAAGAUGGAGUCAAGUUACAAAUGUUUCCCGUAAUAUUUGGAAUUGUGAUUGUCACCAUCCACCGUUUGUACUGUAUAUGUCCCGUUGAAUCAAGCAUUAAUUUCAAAAUGCAAAUGUUUGUCUGACAGGCUAGUAUGAUGUAUUUAUUUGGAUGUGAUAUACAGUAUUCACAUGUUAAAUAAUAUUCAUGUUGAAGGUACUUGGAUAUUAGUUAACAUAUCAAAUGGUUAACAUUCACAUCAUUUGUUUUUAUCAUUGCCUUUUGUAUUUCGUCAAUUAAAUCUAUGCAUAUUAAUGAA